AUGAAUUAUAUUAUUGGAGCUUUCAAGCCAGCAUGUAACGUGUCAAUUACGUUUUCUGAUGGGAAAAGUCGCAAGCAGGUUCCGCUGAAGAAGGAAAAUGGUCAAACAUUAAUGGUCCCACUUUUCAAAAGUCAGGAAAACAUAUCUGGCAAGAUUUCUAUCGAGCCAGUUCAAGGAAAAAAGGUUCAACACAAUGGGAUAAAAGUUGAGCUCCUUGGUCAGAUAGAAAUGUACUUCGACAGAGGCAAUUUCUAUGACUUCACCUCCCUUGUUCGUGAAUUAGAUGUUCCUGGUGAAAUAUAUGAAAGGAAAGCAUAUCCUUUUGAGUUUUCGACGGUUGAAAUGCCAUAUGAGACAUACAAUGGGGUGAAUGUACGACUUCGGUAUGUCCUUAAAGUGACUAUUAAUCGUGGCUAUGCUGGAAGUAUUGUGGAGUACCAGGACUUUGUGGUUCGGAACUAUAGUCCACCUCCAUCAAUCAACAAUAGUAUUAAGAUGGAAGUUGGAAUUGAAGAUUGCCUCCACAUUGAGUUCGAGUACAAUAAGAGCAAGUAUCAUCUGAAAGACGUUAUUAUAGGCAAGAUAUAUUUUCUUCUUGUAAGAAUCAAGAUUAAAAAUAUGGAUCUUGAGAUCAGGCGGAGAGAAUCAACGGGAUCAGGGGCCAACACCCAUGUUGAGACAGAGACUCUUGCAAAGUUCGAGUUGAUGGAUGGAGCUCCAGUCAGAGGUGAAUCGAUUCCGAUCAGACUGUUCCUGAGCCCUUAUGAACUGACACCAACACAUCGCAACAUCAACAACAAAUUUAGUGUGAAGUAUUAUUUAAACCUUGUUCUUGUCGAUGAAGAGGACCGGCGGUACUUUAAGCAACAGGAAAUCACAAUGUACCGUCUUGCAGAGACUUCUUGA